CACAAAAAUACUUUCGGAGUCAUAAACGUGUCUCAUACAUUUUUUUUGAUAAAUAGUGGGAGGUUAGGCUUUUGAAAUCUUGUCAAAAACCGUAAGGAACUUGAAAACCUUACAAGAGAAAUGGAUCUGAGCCGUUUUGGAUGUGAUUAUAGUGAGAAGACUUGAAAGCGUAAGACGUUAAACGAUGCCUCUUUUUAAAAAGUUCUGCUUCUUUUUUAGUUUAAAAAGGGGAGCCCUUACCAUUGCUUAUACAGGUCUUACCGUAGAUACAGUAGAUGCAAUAUGGCUGUUGUAUAACAAACCGAAAUUUUGCGGCGAUGUUUUGACAAUCUGGAUUAUUGCUCUUGUCUGGAAUGUGAUAUCCGUAACGAUUCUGAUUUUUGCAGUAUACAGGGCGAAUCCGAAUCUGCUGCCCCUGCACAUGGUGACCUGUCUCAUUGGACUGAUCCUGGUAUUGAUCAGUCACAUGCAGAUUGCCGCCCUUAAACAGAUUGACUUCAAGUUGGUUGCCUACGCAUUCAUAAAUAUUGGCUAUGUAGCUGCAGACAUCGUGAUCAUACUGAGCUACUACCAUUCCGAGGUUUAGUGGACCGCUCCGAUUACCCAUUAACCCAGGCGUCCGAGCACGGCGUGCAGCAUUUUGUGGUUAGUGCGAUUAGGCGCGAAAAUUUAUUUGGUAAAUGUUGCACAAUCGGGCCGGGCAUAAAUCGUGGCCAAUUGUCACCAGCGGAUUGGCAACCGAACUCCAGCGACCUGCGUUUAAUUAUCGCCCCGAAAGCGCCUGGCGAGCAACAUGCGUGCUAAUUGACCAGGCUCCGCGGCCCAAGCUUCAAUUCGAAUCUGAAUCCGAGCUCCGAAUCCGAAUCCGAAUCCAGCUCCAGACUCCAGUGUUCCAGUCCAAAUGUCCAAAUGAUAACCGCGACGAUGAAAACGCAUGCUGAGCCAAAUGAAAAUUAUGUUGCAAUCGGCGAGCGUGCUGCCCGCUGGCUGGUCACUGAACCGAGCUUUGCACCACUGCACCACUGCACCACUGCACCAUCGCAUCGCACCACCACCACCAUCCAUCCACGGGCCUUAAUUAAUUUCCUUGAUUAAUUGAAAGUGCGCCUGCCUCGCAGUAUUUUCGUU